AUGCUCAAUUAUCCGUCGUGGGUACCGAAUGAAAUCGCGGUCGGAUAUAUCGAGCAUGGUAUUCAGGCCCUCCUUUCCUGGCAAUUGGAUGUUUUGAAUAAUCGAUCUUUGCAAGCUCCACAAUAUGGAAACUUCAUAUUUUCCGCUCCAACAAGUUCCGGCAAAACGGUUGUUGCCGAACUAAUUGCCGUAAAUACUGUCCGACAAUUACGUUGCAAAGCAGUUUUCGUUUUUCCAUACAUAUCCGUCGCCAAGGAAAAAUUUCUUACUUUACAGAAAAUAUGGCGGAGAGUUGAUCUUCGUGUCAGCGCAUUCAUGGGCUCACAAACAUCACCAUUUCAAGCUUGGGAUGCAUCAAUAUGUACAAUUGAGAAAGCUAAUUCACUCUUAAAUCGUAUGAUCGAUGAGAAAACUAUAUUUGAUAUAGGUGUAUUGGUGAUCGAUGAAUUUCAUAUGUUAUUUGAUGGAAAUCGUGGCCCGUUAGUGGAGCACAUUGUUGGGAAAGUAUUGUACAUCUCUCGCCAUCGAAUUCAAAUUAUCGGCUUAAGCGCUACAUUACCAAAUUUGGAUGAACUAGCUGACUGGCUAAAUGCCGAAAAAUAUGAAACACAAUUUCGCCCAAUACAGUUACAUGAAAUGAUAAUGUGUGAUAGUCAGCUACGAGAUGUGAAUACAUUACAAUGUAUUCGGACAAUAUCAAGCGAAUUUACCGUUCCAAACGAUAUCGAACAUUCAAUUAUCCACUUAUGUACGGAAUCUGUUGUGAAGGGCGAAUCGGUGCUGGUAUUUUGUAGUUCAAAAGCAGAAACCGAAAAGCUUGCCCUAGCUAUAUCGCAUCACUUUGGCGAUUAUUUCAAAUCGAGCAAUAACCAAAAUCUUAUUUCAUCUUUGAAUAUACAGUCACUAGAAGCAGUUAAACAAGCAUUUCAUCAUGAAGUACAAUUUGUAGAUGAUAUUUUACAAAAAACAAUACCAUAUGGAAUUGCAUUUCAUCAUGCUGGUUUAACCGUGGAAGAACGUGAAAGUAUUGAGAAUGCAUUCCAUGAACAAUUGUUGCGUAUAGUAUGUGCUACUUCAACGCUUAGUUCCGGAAUAAAUUUGCCAGCUCAUCGAGUAAUUAUCAAAGCACAAAUGUGUGGACCUGUAGCACUUAAUGGUUUGACAUAUAUGCAAAUGAUUGGUCGAGCUGGACGUUUGGGACAAACCGAGAAAGGUAUCAAUUCAACUGAUUGCAGUUAA